UCGAAAGGCAUGUUUUUUUUCGCUGUCAGAACAUUUUGGACUUAAUUAUGGGCAAUCCUCACGAGCUAUUCGAAGAGGCCGCUACGGUGGUUGCGAACAGCGGGCUGCACCUGAGCCAAGAGCAGAAAUUGAAGUUGUAUGCGUUGUAUAAACAAGCGAAUGAGGGGCCUUGUCGGACUCCGUGUCCAGGGAUAUCGAAUUUUAUUCAAAGAAAAAAAUGGAAAGCAUGGAACGCUUUGGGGAACUUAGACAGGGGGGACGCGAUGAAGCAAUACGUUGAGCUUGUACGCCAGGUGGUUUCAGGCUGGAAUUGUCAAAAUCCACAGGAUGCAAUAGAAACGAUGGACAAGGGACUGGGGCCCAGAGUGAGCAUUUGCGCGAGGGAUUUCGAAGAUGACGUGCCCGUUUCGAUAUGCGACUGGGCUGUAGAGGGAAACGAAGAGAAGGUCAGAGAGUUGCUCGAAUCCGGAUGGGAUGUGAAUUGGCAGGAUGAGAGCAAGAGAAGCGCGCUACACAUGUCGAUCGAUCGAAAUCAUCUGAGUUUAGCAAAGUUUUUGAUUUUUUCGGGCGCUGACGUCAAUUUGCAGGACUCUGACGGUUUGACGCCGCUGCACUAUGCGUGCAUAUGUGAGUACGAAGGUGCCAUAAGGCUGCUUCUAGAAAACAAGGCUGAUAUCAAUAUCAAAAGCCGAAGCCAAAAGGCGCCACGUGAUCUGUAUGAUUUGUCUGCUAUAGGGGAAAAAAGCUGAUUGUCUGCGGGAGCUGCAAAGAGGAAUAUAAAAAG